CCCCCCGGCACCCGCACUCUUGCCAAGCAGGAGGCGACAAUGGGAUCAACGUUUGCGGCCAUAAAGACCCUGAUCGUUCCGGCGAUCAUCUCACUCAUCCUCUUUCUCGUCACAACCUUCGUCCUCGUUCCCCUUUGGCAACGCUAUCGAAAUCGAUAUAGCCAGUACCUCCCGCUCGAGACGAUCUCGAACCAGACAUUGUCCCUCCGCGCGAGGCUGCACGGCGUUGUGGUUCGCUUCCUAGCACCGUCGGCUUGGCGAGCUAGGGCCUCGAAUCGCGUCACGGUGGCUGAUCGGAGCUCAUUCGAUUCGGAUGAUGGAGAGGAGCUGGACGACGUAGACGAGAGCGUUGCCAGGAGGACAUUGAAUCAGCAAAGUGGCAAUGGCAUUGACAGCACGACACGGCUGAGCAGAGACUUAGAAGUAGGGUUCAUGGAUGAUAGUGAUGACGAGACCGAAAGAAAUCGGGGCCGAUAGACGGCAUGCUAGCAUGGCAGUUUGAUUUAUGGCGCCCUCUCUCGACGAGGGAAGGUUUUUCCUCUUGGACCAAGUUGGGACCGACUACAAGUGAUUACGGCCCACAACAUGCACUAUCUCCUACUCUGUCGCAUUCGUCUUUAUGCCAGACCCGUUCAAGAGCACCUCCCCUGUGUUUUUGAGGACAAAACCUGGCAUUACCGCAAGUACAUGCACGACACCCCUUUAAAAAUCAUCCAGCAAACCUCCCUUAUUCUGCUUGCACGUGGCACUACCUCCCUUUAUCCACCUCGUUG